UGCGUGAGUGACAGUAAAUGAAUAACUCGAGUGUUUGUGCUCAGAGUUUAGUCUUUCAGGAGCCUCAGACUCGUGCAGAAUGAAUUCAUCAGGAGGAGGAACGUCCCUGCAGGUCCAUGUGGUCCGGUUCGGUCCAGGUCAGGAGCUGUUGGGAUCUCUGCAGGCGUUUGUGGAGGAGAGGCGACUCAGAGCGCCGUUCAUCAUCACCUGUGUGGGCAGUGUCACCAAGGCAACGCUCCGGCUGGCCAACGCCACGGCAACAAAUACGAAUGAGGUGAUCCACCUCAGCGGACGCUUCGAGAUCGUCUCCCUGGUCGGCACACUGAACCAAGACGCCCACGUUCACAUCUGCCUGUCAGACGGGGAGGGCAAAACGGUCGGGGGUCACGUGCUGGGAGACCUGGAGGUGUUCACAACAGCCGAAGUGGUCGUCGGCGAGGCGGUCGACCUGCAGUUCACCAGGGAGAUGGACGAGCAGACGGGGUUCCCUGAGCUCGUGGUUCAACCCCGAAAAUCUUACAGUUGAAGGAGCAAAAGAAGGCAUCUUUUUUAAGAAAAAGGUGAAAUUUUCAUCAUUUAUAUCCACCAUAAUUUCAUGAUACCUGUAUUUUAGGUUUAAAAACGAAUAGACAUUUUCUGCCUUAUUUAGCUAUUGGUAAUGUGAGGUUUGUACGAUAAAUGUGAACACUCAGUUAUCCAAGAGCAGUAUUUACAUGCAUGUGGGCUUAUUGAAAGACAGAUUUUGGUGAUUCCUGCUAGAUAUAAACAUCAUUCUGCUGUUUCUCUGUUUAAAAUAUUUCAGAAUUUAGUCAGUGGUUUACAGACUGAGCAGCACUUUGACAUGAUUUCCCCACACAGUGAUUUUCAAAAGAUCUUAUAAUCUACAGAGAGCUUGUUUUAAUAUUAUGUCAUAUUUUACUUCAUAGUAGGACAGCAUAAAGUAAUGCUGCCUAUCUCUUGUCAGUACUGUUGAACAUUGCAUCAAAUUGCCAAUCGAUGAAACCGAUACAUGUAGAUGUUGCAUGUUUAGUUGUACAGAAAUACAGAUUAAAAUAUGUAAUGAGAACUGACACAAGCUCAGGGGAUGCAGUUUACACACACUCACUAACACACACACACACACUUAUACAGCAGCAUGUAGGAGCGGCUCAGCAGGGGUGGCAGCUUUCUGCUAAUAGAUGUUAAACUGAGCUGCGGCCUCUCAGAGCCUCUGACCCCCCUGGUUGUGACAACACAAAGCGAGAACCCCCCUCUAAGGAUUAGUCAUGACCUUAGCUCGGUCAUGGCCGCCGCCGCGAAGAAAGGAAGGGCUCCGUUUGCCGUGGGGCGGGCGGGCCGGAAGGAGGGGAG